CUUCACGCUUCCUGAUUGACAUAAAUGCGCCCUGAUGGAUUCUUCUAAUAUACAGUUCUUACUGCAGUUCUAUUUUAGAUGAGUGUUGAAUGUUGAUUUGCUGUUUAUAAACUGAUACAGGAGGCUCCUGAAGCACAAUGCCUUAUUUUGGCUCGGAGGAGACGGUGAAAGAGCUUAAGAGAGCCCUGUCCAAUCCACAUGUCCAAGCAGACCGUCUCCGGUACAAAAACUACAUCACCAAAGUCAUCAGGUUCAUGACACAGGGUCUGGAUGUCUCCUCUUUAUUUAUGGACAUGGUGAAAGCCAGUGCCACAGUGGACAUUGUUCAGAAGAAGCUGGUUUAUCUGUACAUGUGCACCUACGCCAGUGACAAGCCUGACCUGGCGCUGCUGGCCAUCAACACGCUGCGUAAGGACUGCGCUGAUCCCAAUCCCAUGGUGCGAGGCCUGGCCCUGAGGAACAUGUGCAACUUCAGGAUGCCGGGGAUGACAGAGUACAUAGAGCAGCCCAUUGUUGCCGGUUUGCAGGACAAGGCCAGUUACGUAAGGAGAGUCGCUGUGCUUGGUUGUGCCAAAAUGCACAGUCUGCAGCCCAACGCAGAGAUCGAUGGCAGUAUAGUGAAUGAGCUGUAUGCUCUUCUGAGGGAUCCAGACCCUGUGGUUGUAGUGAACUGUCUUCGUGCCUUGGAGGAAAUUCUCAAAGAUGAGGGUGGUGUGGUUAUUAACAAACCCAUUGCUCAUCACCUUCUCAACAGAAUGAAGGACCUUGACAGCUGGGCUCAGAGUGAAGUCCUCACCUUCCUGCUACGUUAUCAUCCUCGUAGCGACGACGAGUUGUUCGACAUCCUCAGCCUACUAGACUCCUUCCUCCAAAGCUCUCACGCACAUGUUGCAGUUUCCACGCUCCGCCUCUUCCUUCAUUUAGCCUCCGCCCACCGCGCUGUGCAGGCCGACGCCCUCCUGCGCACGAGUGCGCCCCUGCUGGCCACCUGCGGCGCUGCAUCACGCGAGCUUCGCUUCGCUGGCCUCUGUCACGUACAGCAGGUCAUGCGGAGUCAGCCGGGCCUUUUCGCCACGCAUUACAAACGCUUCUUUUGUGGAUACUCUGAACCAAGUUACAUUAAGUUUCGCAAGAUGGAGAUCCUGGUGGAGCUGGUGAAUGAUGAAAAUGUUUCUUUGGUUUUGGAGGAGCUGAGAAGCUACUGCACUGACGUGUCUCCUGAACCGGCCCAGGCAGCCAUCGCUGCUAUAGGUCGCAUUGCACGAACAUACAGUGAGAAGUGUCUUGAUAUCCUGACCGGCCUGCUAGCACUGAAACAAGAUCACAUCACGUCAGCCGUGAUCCAGACGUUCAGGGAUCUGGUGUGGUUCUGUCCUCAGAGUACAGCCGCUGUGUGUCAGACCGUCGAGGCUUGUGUUGACCGUCCUCAAGAUAGUGAGGGAAAGCAGGCUCUGUUAUGGCUCCUGGGAGCACAUGGUGAUCAGAUGGGUAGCGCCCCCUAUGUGAUGGAGGGCUAUAUAGACGGGCUGAAGACUGAGCUGUCCUCGACCGUGAAGAUGGAGCUGCUGACCGCCACGGUCAAGAUGUUCCUGUGCCGCCCCGCUGAGACUCAAGACAUGUUGGGCCGUCUUUUACAUUACUGUAUCGAGGAAGAGAGCGACGUGUGUGUGCGUGACCGGGCUCUGCUGUGCUACAGACUUCUUCAGAGGGGAGUUGAAGAGACCAGGAAGGUUGUAACCGGACCCAAAUCUGAUCCGUCCAUGAGUGUUGUCACGGGACGGCAGGAAGAGCCCAUUAGUGAGUGGGCCUCUACCUUCAACACCCUCGGCCCGCUGGCUGGACGUGAUCCAUGCCCUCAGACUGAUGCUAUAUCAGCCGCUGACCAGCCAUCCUACAGUGCAGAAGGGGAGCUGUUGCCGGGAAGUGAAGAUGUGACCCUCUCCAGCCCAGAUGACACAGAAGAGGAGAUCAGUCUAUCUCUGGGUGCUCCUCUGUCCCCCGAGAGCUUUGAGAAAGUGUGGCUGGACUUGGAGAUUCUCCACAGACAAGCUCUGGGUGUCUCUCGUCCCAGAACGGCUCCGGACACGUUACAGGCUUCCUUACAGCUGGUGAAGAUCCAGACUCUGGCCUUCACCCCCGGAGACACUGUGCCCUGGAAGGCCCACAUUUACACCAGGAGCACUGGGACCCUGAUCCUGGCCGAACUGCUGCAGGGGGCCCCGCAGGCCCCUGGCACUGACGAAAGCCUGGUGCUCUCUGUCAAACAGCAGCCCGUAAACCAGCAUGCCAUCAGACGAUUUGUUUCAGUCCUCAACAGUGUGCUGCAGACUCUUAAUCUAGAAUAGUGUCUGAAGUUGAGGACAACUUACAGUUAUUACAGUAUCUAAGCUGGAGCAUUUUCAACACAUUUAAGCCAACAGUCUUUCUAAAUAUAAAAACCUUCCAGUAAAAUAGUAGUAUGCUGUUCAGACAGUUACAUUUGGAAGACGCAUGCACAUUACACACGCAAAUUUAGCAAACACACGUGGUGAAGUAAACCAAAGCUUAACUUUCAGGAAGUUCAUACGAUUGCUAUUCCCCAGCAGAACUGUACUGGAUAUCCUGAGCGCUUCUUACAGUCAAGCAUUACACAUCUGUGCUACUCUGAUCUAGCAGCUGUCUUCUUUCUAGCACCCAGUUGUAUAAUUUUCUUUUUCAACGUCUUGCAGAUAAAGCAAUGUUUAUUUAUAGUAAAUACAUAUGGUCUGUAAUACAAAACAGGUGCCUUUUGUGUCCUCACAUUAAUUUGAAUAUACUUAUAAUAUAUUGUAAUAUG